AAACCAAUCAGUUGAAUGUAUCCACCGAGACGGUUCGAUCCUGCGACGCAAGCACCUCAAGCGAGCACUCAACCGUCUGUUCUAAAUCCCGACCCCGUUUGUAGUGAGUACGUGCAUACGUAUCUGUGUAUGCCUGUAUAUGUAUAUGUCUGUAUUGUAAAUAUAUAUAUAUUAAAAACAAAAUUCGAUAAGCCUUGACCAAUUAUUGUCGGACUAUAAACAAGAUUGUUUGUUAGUUGUAACACAACCGUCGAGGUUAGCCUGUGACCACACCAGUGGGAGUGAAGUGUUUUAGUGUCGGUACAGCUGGUACUCGUGUUAUAUAUUUAUAUUAGAUUCCAAUCAACACACGCUGCUACUGUCGUGCUGCUCGGAGAGAGAUAAUGUUAAUAUAUACACUAAUACCAGAGCCGUAACGUCAUGUGAAUAACUCGUUUAUUAAUACCACAGAUAUCGUGUCAUGCUCCAGUACUGUUGCGUCUGCCGCUGGUCUUGCAUCAUGUGAAAAUAACAGACAUCCAUAAACUGCUUUAAAUACUGCGUCUAAGAUGUGGGAUCAGAAAAACCACAACUUUAAUUCUUCGUACUUCCCAGGAAGCGACGGUAAACAUGGCUGGGGGAAUACGACGUUUUUCUCCUUCUUUUCCCAGUUUAACAGGUCAUCGUCUGCGUAUGGAAUCGUCGAAGCCACCGUCUUUAGUUUCUUAUUUCUACUGUCCUUGUACUUCAAUACUGUUGUCUUUGCUCAUCUAAUCUGUAACCGACGCAUGCGCACUGUCACCAACAGUUUCAUCUGCAACUUGACAAUAGCAGACAUGUUUCUGACAUUUGGCGCCCCAAUGAUUGCAGUUACCAGGGUAACAGGUUCGUGGAUUUUUGGGAGUUGGGCUUGCAGCAUGAUGGUCUACACGGAAUUCGUGUGUGGGUUUGUUGGUAUCUGGACGAUGACGUUGAUCGGCUUGGACCGAUACAUCUGUAUUGUAGGUCGAUCAGUCACCAGACUCACACAGCGAUCAGCACUGUGUAUUCUGUUAGUCGUGUGGAUAUCAGCUCUUGUAUGUUUUCUACCCAUGAUCCUCUACUUUGACACACAGUUUGUCAGACUGGGACAGUCUCAUGUGACAAUAUGUACCCUGAUAUGGCCACGCCAACCAAAAAUCAGAGUCUCGAUUAUUUUCACAACCAUUUUACUAAUCAGUGCAUUUAUUAUUCCGUUUGUUUUACUAACUUGGAGCUACGUUAAUAUCUUCAGAAGAUUCUGGACAAUUCGACAGACCGUUGUGAAGCCACAGAAGACAUUUACCAGUACAAUAUGGAUGAGCACUUUGGACUUCAAGAAGCGACGGGACAAAAGAGAUUUUCGGAUUGUGAAGACAUUGUUUUCUUUGCUGGUCUUCUUCUUCGUCAUGUGGACUCCUGUGUUUAUAGUGUUCGUGUUUAUUGUGGCAGACCAGAAGAUGAUCAUAUCAUCACAGGUGUUUGUCUUUACCAUCGCUAUGUGUAUGGGCAACGCCAUCAUAAACCCACUCUACUACGGGAUGAUGGUCGAAAGACUCAGAGCCCGCCUAAGGACGUGCUUCAAUUGUUCGACGUUAGAUGCUGAAUCGAAUGCCAGCGAAAAUGGAAGAAUUCGAGCUAUUAGUGAUGGUAUUGUUUCUGAUGCCAAAUAAUGAUUGUUUAAUUAUGUUGGGACCUGGAUGUUUUAAACCCCCAUGGCUCUUUGUGCUUUCCCUUUAAACAGCUUGUGAAUCUAGAAUUGGAUAGCUUUACAAUUUGUUUUUGUUCACAAAAUAGUAAUACUUUAUCUGCACUUCCCCAAGCAAGGUCAAAAUUAGGAGCAUGUGCUGUAUGCCUGCUAAUAACUCAAACUGACGGUUUAAUGCUUCGUACAAUUGCUAAUUUGUGUGGUGUUUAUUUCUUUGUUUGUUGUUGUUGUUGUGUUUUUUUGUGUGUGUUUUUUUGUUUUGUUUUGUUUGUUUGUUUUUUGUUUGUUUUUGUUUUUUGCUUGUUUUCAAACGUACAUACCUACGCUCGUUUGACAGUUCAAGCAAUUAAGAAGAAAAAAGAUAAGAUGUCAUUCAACAAUUACAUCAUGGUCUAGAAAUAGUAUGUGUUAAGAACGUUUUCCAUAAUGUUGAGGAUGGUGUAAGUUUACAAUUGUGCAAUGUUUUUGUAUGUUGUCUUCGACUUUUUAUAUUGUUUUAUUGAUCGUCACUUGAAUGUGUUCGAUCAUUUUAUUAUCAAGUAUUUAAAAUACGAGCGAUCGUCGCUUUAAUUUAAGCAAUAUUUAUUACUUUAAUAUUAAUAUAUAUGUCAUCUGGCGUACUAUGUAUACAAUAAAGGUCUUUCCUUACAUUUUACACUUGAAAUAUUCUUUGGGGCGGGACGUAGCCCAAUGGUAAAGUGCUCGCCUAGUGCGCUAUCGGUCUAGGAUCGAUCCCCGUCGGGGGCCCAUUGGAUUAUUUUUCGUUGCAGCCAGUGCAAAACGACUGGUAUA